UCCCCUUUCUCUUCUCUCUUCUUUAGUUGACGCGCCCCUCUUCCGCCCACUACAUCUCAAAAAAAACCCCACACUCCUUUCUUCCCUUGGUUCUCUCUCGAUGGGGUUUGCUAUCCAUUUGAGUCGGAUCUCCUCUCUAGUGGUGGUUGAUGUAUCUCUCUGGAUUACGAUGUAUAUGUGGUCGGGUGUAUUCUGCUUGUCUCUGUGCUUUGGGUAGUUGGAGUUCAAAGCGUUGGGGUGGUGGUAGGUAAGGGUUUACAGAGAUGAGAUCCCAUUUUUGGGAGUGGAUUCUGAGAGAAGAGAAUAGAUGUCUUGAUCUCUGAGCGUGGUCAUCUCUGGCGCUGUGUCUCUGAAACCCUAGGUCUUCAAAUUCGAUCUCCACAAUCUGGUUUCUCAAGUAGUCAAAGUCGGAAAUUGAAAAGGCGAGUUGAACAUAGCCGAUUAGCCGAUUCGGAUGUUGGUGGAAAAUGGUUGAAAUGGCAAAGUCUAAAUUUGAGUCGUUUAAACAUGCCAUGGAUUGGACUCCUGGAUUUCCAACAAAGUGUCUAGAGAAAAUGAGUUAUUUGGGUGUAGGUGUUAGUCCUGGAACAGUUCCAGUGUACCAUAGCACAAACCUGAAAUUGUUGGAUAAGAGGAUCAAGAUAGCUGAGUUGGUGUUAAGGUUUAUGAUUCUUGGUCUUGGAGUUGUUACAGCUGUUCUUAUUGGAACUGAUUCACAAGUGAAGGUGGUUUUCUCCUUUGAGAAGGAAGCUAAAUUCACUGCUGUUAAGGCUUUGGUAUUCUUGGUAGUUGCUAAUGGUUUGGCUACUGGAUACUCUUUGAUUCAAGGACUUCGUUGUGUUGUGAGUUUGGUUAGGGGAAGUGUUCUCUUCAACAAGCCCUUAGCUUGGGCCAUUUUCUCUGCUGAUCAGAAUGACCACAAGAGAGGAUGUAACUGUAAGAAAUCAUUCUGCCAAAAGAAAUACUGUAAAUGCUUUCAGGCUGGUGUUGGAUGUGACACGUGUAAGAACACGUUUGGUAGAAAAAGGAUGGUGAGUUGUCCUUUCUUUUGCAAAUUAAAUACGUGUCAGAAUUUAACUGUUUUAUUGUUUCAGGUUCUAAUUCUAUAGGAGUAGAAACCCAACUAGAAGUAGAAAUAGAGGCAUGUGGUAAAGAGUUUGUUGAAAAUGCAUCACGAAAAAUUGAAAUUCAGAACUCCCACGGGAUGUCUAGUUCAUUGAAUUUUUCGUUAGAGAGUAAGAUGUUUGGGACUCUUUGCUCUCAGCCACUUGAGCAUUCUCAAACUGUUUCACACCACGAAACGACUGGAGGCAGAGGCAGAAGUGGAUAGGUCUCCGAUGACUUGGACCAAAACUACUUCUCCAAAUGGAAAGAAAUUUUUAAUUGAUAGUCAAUAGUUAUUAGUUAGGUCUUUUUUCCUUUUCAGUCAGGUUAGUAGUUUGUACCUUUAGGCAUAUAGAUGUCCUGGUUUAGUUUUAAGUAUAUUUUAGUUUUAGUGCGAUCUUUAGAUGUGUAUGAAAAAAUUAUAUUAUUUGAGCUGUAAUUAGUUGGCUUAGUUUAAUUUUAUUUGAGUUAUUUCAGAAGAAUUUUUUUUGCUUUCAUAAUGGCAAUUGUGAUGUGAUCCAAUAGUUUCGACAGGUUAGUAGGCAUUAGAUUGAUUUAAGUUUUCUAAUGAUGUAUUCAUUGGGACACUUGCUCUAUUGGGUCUUCCUUUGUUUUCUUCAAUUUGUUGUUGAAAAAAACUAUAGCAAUAAUAGAAGUAUAAUGUCUAAAAUUAAUUCUAACUAUAUGAAUUUACUGUUAUUUUAGUUGCAAUCAUUUUUGUAUGUUUAUAUUUAUUGGUCCAUUUUGUUUUUUUGAGAUUUUGUUCGAUGUGUUUUGAGUGCAUACACAUGAACUAAUUGUUCUAUGUUUUUUUUCCCUUUAUAUUGAGGUCCAACUAUGUUUUUUUUUCCACACAUAUGCAAGGUGCUUCUGUUUUCUCUAAUAACGAUGAGUUGAUAUCAGGUUAGUUGUCUAUAUGAUUAAGUUUAUGCUAUGAAUGGUCAUUUCCAUAUAUUAUAUGAGGUCAAUCUUACCUUGUCUUUUCUAUGGAAAAUCCUUUUUUUUUUUGUAUUUGUUUUCAAAAUAAAAUCGAUAUAAUGCUAGUACAGGUACUCAUCUUAAUCUCAAGUGAGCUGAGAAAGCUUGUGCCUUGGUUGCCGAAUUUCUUAUUUUCUUGGUACAGGAUAAGAAGAGAAUUGUUGACAAAUCAGUCUCUAUUAAGGAAUAUGUUGUGCUCAGAAUUAGAAAAAGGAAAAGUCUCCCUUGAAGAGGUUGAGAAGAGGUUGAGAAGGUCAUUGAAGCUCGAAUUUAAUGAAUCUGAUGAUGCUGAUAUUUUUAAGGAUGAAUAUGCAUCUGAUCAUGGGGUCAAGUGACAUGAUUUUCUAUGUCAUUUAACUAGAGUUACUGAUCAAGACUUAUAUAAGACAUUAGAUAUGGAUAGUGUAAAUAGGAUUCACCCUUCUUUGAUGUGUAAUGUGAAAUUUUUUGGUUGUGUUCAUGUAAUAGGAAUUGGUAUUUAAUAUUUGGUAUGUAAUGUGGUGUGUGUCUUAGGAUGUUUGAUGUUUUGUAUGUCCAUAUUUUGUACUUUAUUGGGCUUAUUGAUCAUGUAAUAUAUCAAUUGUUAGGAUGUGGACAUAGCAUUAU